AUAUCGUGGACGGGAAUCUGAAAUGCAUCAUGAGGUUGGUCCUUGCGCUGGCCGCUCACUUUAAGCCCGGAUCCGGCAAAAUCGCUUCGGCAAAACCCGUGGAGGAGAUCCAGGGGGGAAGCGGAAUCUUGCUGGCCCAUCCCAGGCCUCGCUCGGCCGUGGCCGUGGCCCAGGAGGCGGUCGCUGCCCUGGCAGAGGUUCGCCAAGAUGUCUCGGGAGUGGGCCGCGGUGCCUUCCAGCCCCACCCCAGAAACAGCCACCCGCACGGAGGGACUGAGCGGCCGCACUGGAGCGUCCGGGCACUCGUCCAGCAGUACGAAGGCCAGCAGAGCAGUGGCCCUUCAGAGUCCUCUUUCUCCAGCCUCACCUCUCCUAGCCCUAUCAACAGCGCCAAGAGUGAAUCGGGCAGCACCCGCUCCGAGGAGAAAGGAGGCUUUGACUUUGGCCACGAAGAAGAAGAUGGAGAAGAAAAAGCAGGAACAAGGACAGAACCCUGGAGCCAGGCUUUCCCGGAGUUCGACCACAGAUACGUUGUUUCCCACGUGGAAGAAAAUGGUGGUCGGCUGCCCGUUGAGUGGUCUCCAAAGUGUCCUGCCCCGAGUCUGGAGACUUCGUGGGAGGAGCAUCUCCUGGAACAGCAGGAUCACUUGGAGAAAGAAAUGGAAGAAGCCAAAAGGAUGAUCUCUGGAUUGCAGGCGCUGCUGCUGAACGGAUCCCUCCCCGAGGACGAGCAGGAACGGUCGCUGGUCCUCUGUGAGCAGGAAGCCUGUCCGGAAGAGCAGCUGGUCAUCAUCCGGAGCCGCCUGGAUCAAAGUCUAGAGGAGAACCAGGAGUUGAAGGUGAGACGCAGCACCUGGCGAUACUUCUUCAGCUCUGACUGGACGGUGGGGAAGGAUUUCAAAGGACAACUGCCUCAUUCCCACAGCACACCAGCGGUCAGCAACAGCCCUUGUACCAAAGUGCUGUACUUUACCGAUCGCUCCCUCACCCCCUUCAUGGUCAGCAUUCCAAAGAGAUUAGGGGAGGUGACGCUAAGGGACUUCAAAUCGGCCAUUGACCGAGAUGGGACGCACCGGUACCACUUCAAAGCUCUGGAUCCAGAGUUUGGGACGGUCAAAGAGGAGGUUUUCCAUGACGAUGAUGUUAUUCCUGGAUGGGAGGGAAAGAUUGUGGCUUGGGUGGAAGAGGACCACGGCGAGAACUAAAACCUUCUCUUUCGGCUGCUGGAUGUGCCAGAUACUCACCAAAAAGACCAAACUCCCAAACCCUCACAACAAGUGUUGAUAACGUGUGAUUUAAACUGCCAAAAGAAAGGAACUUCGAUGAACUUUGGCUUCAAGGGAAGGACGUCCCUUCCAGCCAUUCCAACCCCACUGCCUCUCUACUCGGUCAGGGAUGGCCCCAACAGGCGUGGCUUCCUGCUGCUUUUGAUCAUCUGGAGAACUUCAGUCAACGGUGGACAGUAUUACGAGGAGAUUUGCACGUUUGCGAUGGCCAAAUCUAGGAACUCUUUUCCAGCGCCGUUGUAGCUCUUGCCAGCCAAUUUUCCCCCAAACACCUCUGUGGCCAGGCCACACCAGGCACCAGCAAGAUCUCCUCCGGCGAUCCAGUGGUUUGUGGAUUGGAUCAAAGAAGAUCCAAUCAAUAGCAUUGUGUUGGAAGGGGCCAGGAUUCUUACGUUUUGCUUUUAUUGUUUUGCAUUCUGGUCUCGAAACGGUCCUUACUUUAUUUCAGAGUCUUGUUACCUGUUGCCCAGGUUGGUGGCAAAGUCUCCUGGAAAAAGACCCCAGGCUCCCCUUCUCUGCUUUUCCAGGGUUGUGUUGGCACCACACAAUCUCCUCUGUCCUACUUUCCUCCCCCCCUCUGGAUGCUCUUUAAUUAAUUCAUCACCAGCAGCAGCAGAGGGGAAGGCUGACCUCCCUGGUUUCACCCAGAGCUUGGUCUCAAUUUGAGAUUGAUUUUUUCCCCCCAAUUAAUGGCUAAUUCCAGCCUGCCUUAUCAGCUGAGAUGGGUAGAUAAAAGUGGGGCGUGAGAUUAGGAUUUAUUUCAUUUAUAUGCCGCCCUUUUCCUCGAAGGGGACUCAGGGCGGCUCACAAUUCGGUCAGGGAAGGGGGUACAGACAGGGGAUAAAAAGACGAAUAAAAGACGAUAAAAAGAGAUAAACAAAAUGUGGCAGUUAAGAUUUCUGGACGGCCUGUGGGCAAAAAAAUCCAGGCCCUUUUCUGAAGCCUCUGCAUACAAUUCCAGAAAUUGUGGUCUUUUUUUUUUUCUUAUUGCCCCGCUGUCUCUUCUGCUGGCAGCAAAUAGAUCAUCUGCCUUGUUGGCCUCGAGCAGAAUUUAAUUCAGGACCCCCCAAUGCUCACCCACCCCCCUUUGCAAUGAUCUGCCAACGGUCUUGCUUUGGAAAUCAGCCCGCUGGUGAUCUUAGCUGUUCUGGAAGCUGUAAGAAACCAGGUUUCAAACACAAACAGGACAGACACAUAAACUUUAUGGACAAGUGAGUUUGUGCAGAGGUUGGAGAUAAACACUCCCAACAGAGUGAAUUAUUCGUCCUUAGCUUCAUAGGGAAAGCAAACUCUGGAACGGCGUUUUGAGCAUUUAGAGGGGGAAUAUUUCGAUACGCAAAAGGGUUUGUGCACUAUUCUGCCCAAGCAGAAUCAGGUUCUUAAGAGCCACUCAGGAGACCCACGCCACCAGAGGUGAAGAGUCAGGGGUCAGGGGUGCUACCCCUGCAGAAGUCUGUGAGAACAGGGUAGUUUUUCCUUCUAACAUUCCCCUCCUGUUUCGGGCUCCGAAAUGCUGAAUUAGAGGAGUGGGAAGUACGUAUCCCCUUUGUGCAUCUCGUGCCACCCAACAUCCUGGCCCUGCUUGAAUGAAAAAUGGGGCCCAGUGAAAGCCAGCAUUCGCCGUUCCAUCUUUCCUAGAUCUGCAGCACCAGGCUUCCCAAGCCUCAGGACCCCCUAGCAUGAACCAGCCAUCGGAAGGAACGCCCGUCCUUGUGUCCGGCCGUCUUCCGUGUCCUCCUCGCGGGAGGCCGAAGAUUAAAAAAAAAAACGAAAUCGUGUCUUUUGGAUCGUUUUAUAAGAUUUCCACACGUCUGUUUGGGUAAAACUCGUUCCUGUUUCUCGGGAUUUCUUUGUAUUUGCUUCACAUCGUUGUUGAACAAGGACAGUGUGUUAUAUUUUUAUACCAGCGUCGAGUGCUGUAAUUUUCCCUGUAUAUUUCUGAAUAUUGUAUUUUAUCCGUAUUUCUAGGAAAUGCAGAAAAGGCUUUAUGACGGGCCUCUUGUUAAUGCCAACCCACCUGGUUUCCCAUAAUUAGCUUUAUUUUGCUAUGGAGGUAUACCUGAAGUCCAGAGUCUCUUACUUUUUGUUCGUUGCAGAUUUGUAUGUCGUUUGUCCUAUUGUGUCCUCUGUGUACAGACAGAACGGGGUCUUUUCAGAACCUGUGUUUGUAUCUGCAGUUGCACUUCAAGUGUAUCCUAUUCUACAGGAGCUUUAAAGUUGGCUUUUGAGACAACAGCGGAUGAGGGAAUGCCAUUCCUGGGGGGGAAAUACAUUUUUUUUUUUUGUGACUGGUUUGACUGUUGCAUGAAUUUAGUGGGUUGCAAAGCGAUUGCAUGGAAUUACGGUUACUUAAAAGAAGAGUUUUAUUUCAGCAAGAGAUGUGCUUUAAAGUUAAAAGUUGUACAUUUUAAAAAAAAGAACAUAAUUUUAUUUAAAUUUAAUUAAGACAUCUUUAUCACAAGGGCUUUUGCGGCCAGGCAUAGAGAAAAAAAAAUAGAGGUCAAAGAAGUGUGUAAAGAGUGUUUUAUGGCCGGUUUGGCGUCUUUUAUUUCCAUAAAAAUAAUCUCGCAUUUCUUAACUUUGUCCCUGAAAUAAUAUAAACAAGUGUUGCAUUACUG